AUGACGGAGGAGCGAAUCAACUGGGUGGUCAUCGGCAGCAGCAGCGACGAAGAGAAUGGGGGCGUGACGGCGCGAGCGGGCAACAACCCAAGGCCGAGAGCCCGCCAAGAACCCCCUGCCCCUCCCGCCAACAACCUCCCAAUCGCACAACCAGAAGAGGUCGUGCUGCUCGACUCGUCGGCCGACGCUUCGGUGGAAAUUCUGGAAACUUCGCAAGAGUCUGGCCUGUCCCAAGAAUCAGCACCUGCCGAGGCUCAAGAAUCCAGCUCAUCCGGUGACGGACCGCAAUCCGAGUCUUCUUCGGAUGACUCGUCGAGCUUGCAGUCCCUUUCGGACGAUGAUCAGCCCUCUCCGGGAAGGAAAUUGCCAGUAUUCAGGACUGCACGACGCUGUGAAAACAAGCCAAUAGCUGGGUGGAUUGGCUGCCGCGACCCGAGCCCGCAGAAAGAAAAGCAACCACCAAUUACUAUGGAAAGCGCCAAAAAGCCGCAGAAUGAGCCUAACAGCUCGGCAGCGCCAAAGAGCAAAGCUACAGCCAAGAAAAAGAAGGAGCGACGUCGGUGGGAUAAACCCGACUUUUUAUUCGAGUCCUCGACGGAAGAAGAGGAGCCGGAGCGGGAAGCUGUCGCGGACUUUGAUCCGAUGGGGUGGAGUUCAUCGGAUUCUGAUACAUCAUCGUCGCUUGAUGAAUCAUCAGAUGAUUGCGUAAUUAUAGCCGCCGAUCCGGCCAUUGGAGCUGCGCCGCCACAACAUGCAACACUUGUGACAGGAGAGGCGAGUACCUCGGAUUGUCAAAUUAUUUUCGCCACUCCAACAGCCGAUGAAGCUCGGGGUAUUUCAUUCACUAUUAAACAUCUUCCUCCUACUCUGACUGAACCCGCCCAGCCCGACAUCGAUGCAAUCUAUUGGGAUCACUGCCCAAUCCGCCAUAACAAGACCUCUUGGCUUAUCAAGGAGUUGCACAAUAGGUCGGCUGAAGAAUUCGGGGCACUCAUCUAUGGUCUGACCCAAGAGUCCCCAAAGCACCUGGAAAGCGCCUUCCUGGGAGGUGUUCCUACCCCACUGCAUGUCGCUAUUUGCCAAAGAAAAAUCGAGUAUCUAAAAGCGAUGUUCGAAUUGGCUCGUGAUAUUGAGAUGGUGCGCGAGUUACUCUACUAUGCAUUCAUGAUGCCUCCACACCGUAUGACCGGCCUAAAGAUGAACCCGUUCCUGUUGGUGGCCAACAACUCGGCGAUGUGGCGCGAUCUGACGGCCCGCGGACGAUUCCAGAAGCGAGAUACGCAGCCAGUUGAUUGCGAGAUCUUGAAGCUGCUGACCACAUUUUGCGAAAGACUGCGGCGCGAUGUCUCGAUUUUGCCCUGGAUUGAGCCACAGGCCAAAGGCAGCUUCUUCCCGUUUUGGCGACCAAAUCCACCACGGGAUGCACCGGAGUGCCCACUUGCGGUUGCAGCCGGAAACGGCGAUUUCGAGCUCUUCGAGCAGUUCCUGACGUAUCCGAAUCAUCGCUACGCUUUCGAUGACAAUCAACAAGGCGCCAUUCAACUAUUGCAACUCGAGUAUGUCCUUCUCUGCGCGCUGUCAACCGGCUCCGUCGAAAUCUUCGAUCGCAUCUCCAAAGGAGUUGAGCGUCUACUACCGGCCAUCGUUCCUGCCGGCUUUAGCGGGAUUGGCACGUUCAAGCUUGCAAAACGAAAAACCUACGUGGGGAUCGAUUCGCUGAUGACGGCUGUGGCUCGAUUCGGGGACAAAAAAUUGGCCGCUACCGUCGAACAGUUCAUCAGGAAAGCAAAUGACUUCGGCUGGAAUAUCCCCCGGGACUCGCCGAUUUCCGACGAAACCUAUGAACAGGCCUGUGUGCGCCACAAAACGGCACAUCUCUUGCUCCCCUCGGCUCCGAUCGUUUGGCAAAGCCAGCAACACGACUACAUGGCGGAAGCUGUUGCUGCUGGAUACAUCGACGUUUUCCUGUAUAUUCCCGAACUUGAGCUGGGCAUCGUCAAGUCUGAUGCUCUUGUUCAUGCGGUGGAGAAUGGCAACCCGUUGCUGCUGAAGACGCUUCUCCACGCCGUUCACAAUGCGCCCGUGCGCCCAGAAGUCAAAAAGCAGAAGCUGAUCGACGCACUUGUUCGUGCCAUUCUCAUCCGAGACGGCGAAAUUGCGCAGCAGCUUCGCGAGGAUUCUCUGCUUGAUUGGGAUUGCUUUGAGACGAUCGUCUCCGGCGAGAACAAGAUGACGGUUUGCCAGUGGGCCCAAUGGCUGACCGACGACCUCGAAAAGAAAGAGAAGUCCGUCCCCGAAUGGCUGAAUUUCAAGAAACCCGGCGUCGCUGUCCCUGAAGCC